UAAAAAAAACUUUAUAGCUUUCAAUGUUAUCGUAUUUGGAGAAACUAAAUGAAUAUUUUGAUAUUUGCACAACAUGAAGCAUUCGUGUAUUAAAAAUGAUAAAUUAUCUACAAACAUUAAUGCAUAUGAUAAAAGGCAUCAUAGGUUCAGGGAUAUUUUCGAUGGGAGUUGCAUUUAAAGAAGCCGGAAUGAUAAUUGCCUUGAUUUUAACACCGAUAAUAGGAUUAGUAAUAUGUCAUUGUGCUACGUUAUUGGUGAGAUUCAGAAAUAUUUCUUACUUAAUAUUCAUUUUGUUGCUUUGCCAGGUAAGAAUUGCAGAAUACAUUGAGAUUUUAGACCAAGAAGAAUUAAACGAAGAAACUAAAACGGAUUCAUCUAAUCUUCGCCAAUACAGUUACGCAGAAUUAACAGAAACUGUUUUUCAGCGAUCGUCAAUUUUAAAAUCAACGGAAGCCAACAAUAAAUUAGCAAAGUUUAUGAAAAGAUUUACAGUGAUUGGUUUAUGUACGAUGAAUUUGGGGUUUUGUUGCUGUUAUGUUGUGUUUUUAGGAGCGAACAUGUCUAAAGUUUUAGGGCAUUUUAAUAUAUACAUAGAAAUUCAUAUUCUUAUGGUCAUAGCGAUCAUUCCAAUGUGGCUUUUAUCAUUAAUAACAAAAUUAGCAAUAUUAGCUCCGUUUUCUAUGAUUGCAAACGCAAUUUUAUUUUGCACCACCAUCACAACGUUGUGGUAUAUAUGCCAUGAUUUACCACAUGUUACAACAACAAAGUACGUGGGAGAUGCUGAUAGUUUUCCUGUUUUUGUAGGCAUUGUUUUAUGCACUUAUGAAUGUAUACCUUUGAUUGUACCUUUAAGAAAUGAUAUGAAAGAACCCCAAAAAAUGGUUGGAACGUUUGGAGUAUUAAACAUGGCGUUUCUGCUAAUUACACCUUUCGUAAUUAUAAUGGGAUGUUUGUCUUAUAUGCAAUAUGGUGAGGAUAUCCAUGGGACAGUGUUCAUUAAUUUACCUGAGACAACUGGAGUUGAAAUAUUAAUAACCUCUGUUUGUAUAUUAGUAAUAUUAACAUAUCCACUUCAAAUGUAUAUCCCUGUAAAUAUAAUGUGGCCAUUAGUAACAAAUCGUUUUGGCCCAUUUAAAAGACCACUAUUCAGUGAGCUGUGUUUUCGAUCAUUGCUAGUUGCAUUUACUCUUGUAAUAGGUCAAAUAAUUCCUUUUAUCCAUUUAAUAAUGUCACUAAUCGGAGCUGUGUGUAGUACUUCAUUAACACUCUUUUUGCCACCCUUUAUGGACUUGAUUUUGUUUUAUCCCCAAGAAAAGGUUUGGUUCAAGAAAGCGAUUAAAGUUACAAAAAAUGGGAUGCUGUUUUUAUCAGCCGUAGGAACAUUUAUAUUUGGAAUCUAUGCCACAAUUUUAAGCAUAAUUGAGGAUUAUAUACAAACAUUGAUGCACCUUAUAAAAGGUAUUUUGGGCGCAGGAAUAUUUUCAAUGGGUGUAGCAUUUAAAGAAGCCGGUAUGAUAAUUGCUUUAAUAUUAACUCCAAUAAUGGGUGUUGUUGUUUGUCACUGUGCUUCGUUAUUGGUAAGAAUUGUAGAACACAUAGAAUUACAAGAUGAAGAAGAACUAAAAAAAGCAAAUUCACCAAAAAAACAACAAUAUAGUUACGCAGAAUUAACUGAAUUGGUUUUUAAACGAACUUCUGUUUUAAAAUCACCAGAAGCAAACGCUAAAUUAGCAAAGCUUAUGAAAUUGUUUAUAGUAAUAGGAUUAUGUACGAUGAAUUUGGGGUUUUGCUGCACUUAUGUUGUCUUUUUAGGAACAAAUAUGACAAAAGCUUUAGGUUAUUUUAAUAUAGACAUCGAUAUCCAUCUUUUAAUGCUCAUAUCAGUUAUUCCAAUGUGGCUUUUAUCAUUAAUAACAAAAUUAGAAGUGCUCGCACCAUUUUCUAUGUUCGCAAACGCUCUUUUGGUAAGCAUCAUUGUUGCAACUUUAUUUUUUGUUUGUCAAGAUUUACCAAACAUUGCAACUACGAAAUACGUGGGUGAAAUUGGAAGCUUCCCCGUCUAUCUUGGUAUAGCUUUGUACACGUAUGAAUGUAUAGCAUUGAUUAUUCCUUUAAGAAAUGUAAUGGAGAAUCCUAAAAAAAUGGUGGGAACAUUCGGAGUUUUAAACAUUGGAUUUCUUUUGAUUACCCCAUUUGUUAUUUUAAUGGGAUGUUUAACUUAUUUGAAAUAUGGUGAUGCAAUAUCUGGAACGGUCUUCAUUAAUUUGCCAGAAACCACUGCAGUUGAAGCAUUAAUAAUGUUAGUUUGUGUACAAGUAAUAUUAACAUAUCCUGUACAAAUGUAUAUUCCAGUAACAAUAAUAUGGCCAUUAAUAACAAAACGUCUUGGUCCAUUUAAACGACCGCUUCUUAGCGAAUUGUGUUUCCGAACAUUACUUGUUUCAUUUACUCUUGUGAUAGGUCAAGUAAUCCCAUUUAUUCAUUUGAUAAUGUCAUUGGUUGGCGCUAUAUGCAGUACAUCUUUAACACUAUUUUUGCCUGCGUUCAUGGAUAUGGUCUUGUUUUAUCCGAAAGAAACGGUUUGGUUGAAGAAAAUGAUUAAAAUUGGAAAAAAUGGGGUGUUAUUUAUCUUAGCUGCUGGUAUAUUUAUUUUUGGAAUGUAUGCUACAAUACGUGAUAUAGUUGCUGAAUUUGUAAAAAAGUAAAUUGUAUUUAUUAAGAAAAA